AUGCUUCUGCCCUUCCUCAUAACCCUGCCCCUCCUGUUCCUGGCGUUCCUGGCGAUCAUCAUCCUCCUGGACCUCCUGGCCCUCGAGGACCUCGAGGACUUCCCAGUCCUCCUUCCCCUCCCUCUCCCUCUCCCUCUGCUCCCGCUCCCGGCCCUCCCCACGUUUCCCCUCCAGGCGUUCCUACUGCUCAAGUCUGCAACGGAACUUACCAGGGCAAGCAUGACACCACGCCCGUUGCGUUUCUCUUCACCCAAGUCUCUUGAUAAGGCCUGGAAGGGACCUCGAUCUGCCACUGAGUUCGGAUGGAUGUGUAUUGGUUACGGCUCUGAUACCCAGAGCCUCGGUAACCCUGUCAAUGAGGACUGCUUGACCAUUAACAUCGUACGACCUUCUGGUGUCAAGGCCGGAGAUGAGCUCCCCGUUGGUCUUUGGGUUCAUGGAGGCAGCUACACCAACGGCGGUUCCCGAGACCCUAGGUACAACCUGAGCUACAUCGUUGAUCAAUCGGUCAAGGAGGGUAAGCCCAUUGUCGCUGCCUCCAUCAACUACCGUGUGUCGCAAUGGGGUUUCCUCUUCAGCGAAGAGAUGCAGAAGGAGAAUGCUGGUAACUUGGGCUUCAAGGAUCAGCGCCUGGCUAUGAGAUGGCUUCAGGACAACGUCGCGGCCUUCGGUGGUAGCCCCGACAAGGUCACUAUCUGGGGAGAGUCUGCUGGCGCUCGAUCCCUGGGUAUGCAGCUUGUCGCUUACGAGGGCCAGCACAACAGCCUCUUCCGUGCUGCUGUUCUCGAGUCAGGUAGCCCUGUUGCGCUGUUCAAGGAGGCUUCUGAUUGGCAGGAGUACUAUGACGCUCUUGUCAAGAAGACUGGAUGCGACUCUGCCUCCGACAACCUCGAGUGUCUUCGUGGCCUUCCUUGGGAGACCCUCAACAACAUCUUCAACAACACUACCCCUCUCGACGUCACCGCCCCUACUCUCACUGCUGUGAUCGACGGUGACUUCAUGACCGCCCAGGCCUCUAAGCUACUUCUGGCUGGCAAGUUCGCUCACGUUCCUCUUCUCAUGGGUAACAACUUCGAUGAGGGUACUGCCUACGGUAAGAAGGGUAUCAACACUACCGAGCAGUUUCAGUCCUGGCUCUCCAGCCUCGGCCUCAGCCAGACUCAGGUCGCUACUGCUACUACUCUGUACCCUGAUAUCCCUGAUGAGGGGAUCCCCGCAUCUUUCAUUGGCCGUCCUACCAACGAGUAUGGCUCCCAGUGGAAGCGUGCCGCCGCCUUCGCUGGUGACUUCCAACAGCACGCUGGACGACGUCUCUUGGCCCAGGUCUACUCGGCCUCUUCCAUCCCCGUCUUCUCCUACCUCUGGAACGUUUACGUCAAUGGCCUUCCCGCCAUCCUUGGAGCUACCCACUUCCAGGAGGUUGCUUUCGUCUUCAACAACGUUAAGGGUGUUGGCUACAAGCCCAACCCCUUUGAAGGCAAGCCUGAGACUUUCGUUGAGCUUGCUGACCUCAUGAGCAAGAUGUGGGUUUCUUUCAUGCACGACUUGACCCCCAAUACUGUCAAAACUGCUCCCAGCCAUGUUACCUGGCCUCAGUACACGCUUGCAGAGCCUCUUAACAUUGUCUUCGAUGUCAACAAGACUGACCUCAGCUACACUGCUGUCGACAACGUCCGAAAGGAGGAGGUUGCUUUCCUUCUCGACAGUGUCUUUGCUUAAGUUCGUGGCCAGCAGUCAACACGUUGGCUAGCUGUAAUGUAUAAUAGGGUGCCAUUCUAACAUCCUUUCUAGGGACGUAUCGGCCAGAUGGCCGAAGCCCUUUAACACUUUGUAUAUAGCCUUACCUUCCAUUCGUAUUAGCGAGCAUCUAGCCAUGACUUGAAUAGAUCAAAACAUCACAUAGUCA